CUGCCUACUUACAUUCACACACACUAACACACCAACCACCUGGAACACAAUGCGCACCGUCGCGACGGUACUAUUAUCAUCGGUAGCUGCCAUACUCUCGGUAUCGGGCCAGCAAUACCAGCAACCAGGUGCCAACUACGUGGACGAGUAUUCGGCGUACGAGUCCCCGAGACCGGCCCACCCGACCCCCCGAAGUUACCCCGUUGAUUCUGCGCCCAACAGGCAAUCGGCCGGCCCCACCACCCCGAAACCAACCCCUGUCGCCAUCUUGAAACAGAUCAACAGGCACAACGAGGACGGGUCGUACACGUACGGGUUCGAGGGAGCGGAUGGCUCGUUCAAGAUCGAGACGAAACUGCCGACAGGCGAGGUGAAGGGUAAAUACGGUUUCGUGGACGACACGGGGAAGGUGCGGGUGGUCGAAUACGGGGCGAAUCAAUACGGGUUCCAACCGGCUGGCGAGGGUAUCACGGUCGCGCCACCGACCCUGGUCGACGAGACGACCAGCAAAGAGGCCCUCCAAGCGCACAACUAUCAAGAGGAGCAGUACCAACAACCACCGCCCCCCAGACAACCACCUGUCAGAGCGCCUGCGCCCCGCCCCGCGCCCCUUCAGCAACAACAGAUUCAAUACGAGCAACCGGCCUACCAACACCCCACCCAGACCCACACCCAGGCCGUCUACUCGCCACCGUUGCCGUCCAGACAGUCGAGCGGCGUCCCGAAACCGCCGAUCUUCACGCCAGCAUCCCCCAUCGCCAAGCAGAAUCCGCUGCUUCAGCAGGAGGAACCUGUCCCACCGUCCCAACUGUACAACCAAGGACCGGCACAAUUCGGGCCUGCACCCGUCCAAGAGCACCGUUCCCAACCGCAACCGCGCAGCCAGAGCGGCGGUAUCCUCGAUCAGUUGGCCAGGGACUACGCCCUGCCCCAGGGCGUCGCGCCACCCUUGCACGACAUCAGUUUCGGCUAUUACUAGAAUCACUCUAGUCCCACCCUCCCUCGUGUUCGUCACGGUGUAUUUGUAAACGGUCCGUAAACGUGUGAAGACGCGACGCUUCGACGGAGGGGAAACGGUUUCUGAUCGUUUUAAUUAAUUUAAAGUGUCGGCCCGUCGAUCCACGGCCGCCUUUUCGCGAUCGCGCGUAGGUCGCGAUCCCAUUAUCGGAGGAAGCAUCGAGAAUUAAUUCGAUCGUUUUUUUCGUUUUUUCUUUCUUUUUUUUUUUUUUUGGAAUAUGGAAAAGCAAGAAAGAUUCUCGACUUUUUCUUCGGUAAUAAGUAACUCGUCAUGGCUGCCUACCUGGUGUCGUACUUCCGAUUUGUACUUUGAUCGGGGUACGACGAGUUCAUUCUUGCCAUUGGAAUUAAUUGCGACGUUUGAUGAAAGCCACAGCAUGGAAAUGUAAAGAACGAUCUUCGAAUAUUUGACGAGGUUUAUCGAAAUUCUAUUUCAUUUUGUCGAGGAUUUAUUCGUAAUUAGGGAUUUUCGAUUCCGAUGAAGAUGAUUCUUUCGUUUCCAUCUCGCGAGGAAAAAAACGCGUGAAAAUCGUUGAUGAUGAUGAUGAUGAUGAUGAUGAUGGAGAAGGAAGAUUGUAAAAAUGUUGUAAAUAAAAAUUCCACGGUAGGCUUCCGUGCUGGUUUUAAUCCUAGAGAGCGCAGCUUGCACCUAUUAUCGGCGGUACCGUUAAUUAAUUUCGAUUUCAAGGAGAACCUCGCUUUGUCAAGCUGCGUCUUCGAUUACGCGUCUCCGCACAAUAAAUUCAGCACGCUUACUAUUAUAUUCUAAUUAAGAUAUUAAGGUUAUAAGGUGAAAUCGGAUUGGAAUAAAUCGUCAAAUCUUUCAUUA